AUGGAGGCCACUCCAACGGAAGUUGACCCGAAUGCCUUCCCGCAGGGUACCAUCUUUACGCAGUUAGCUGCUACCAAGAGCGCAACCUUUGUGCUUACUAGCACGGGCUCGGUAUAUGGCUGGGGUACCUUUAGAGGAAGUAACGCAGUCAUAGGCUUCUCACCAACGUCUCAGCAGGAGCCGCUCCCGGUUCUUAUCGACAACCUUGAGAACGUUGCAAAGCUGGUGGCCGGCGCCCAGCAUAUGCUAGCAUUGACCUCGAAGGGGAGAGUCUUUCCUGGGGUUGCAAUGAGCAAUAUCAGCUUGGGCGACAACGAUCACACUACAUCUCACCUGAUGACCUCGAACCAGCAGCAUGUGCUGUCCCUGCUAACGUCCGGCGAAAUCGGUUCAGGCCAUUACCAUUCAUUUGCAAUUCACAAGAGCGGCGACAUAUAUGCUUGGGGUUUGAGUGACUACGAACAAACCACGAUGCCUCAAGAUGCUCGCUUCGAGCGCGAGAUGUUUCCAAAAAAGCUUCAUAUGCUGAAGCGGAAUUCGGACAACCCAAGAGAGACCCAAGAAUCAUUUCGAUACAGGGCGGGAAACAUCACAGCCACGCUAUCGACAAAAACGGAUAUUGUCACUCAUGGGGCCGAAUUGAUAAGCAUGGGAUUGGGGUAG